UAACCCCUCAAUAUAUCUCUCUCACACACACACACACCCACAGUCUCUUUCAUGUGUCUCUCUAAUGGCGUUGGCAUUUCUCCAGUGGAUCUUCAGGCUGCUGAUGGUCCUGAUCAUCUUUCAGGGUGUGUGUGUGAUGUUUUAUUACACACCUAACACACACUCAUCCAGAGAUGAGAUGAUGGACGCUCUUCGGCAGAUGCACUGCGCUAAACUCAGACGCAAGUUUUCCAUCAUCAAACCGGCCAAAACUAUUAAAACGCAGAGUUUCACACGGGAGCUAUCAGAUUUCAUGAGCUGCCCGUACAAAUCAAACACAACGGAACGGGAGGUCAACAGAUUGAGUCUACAGAUUUUCUGUAACGCCACAGGAUUCUUAUUCCUCACCAAACGAAACACAGCCGUCAAUCAGUCCAUCCCAUAUGAGACAAGCACAACAGAUACAUACACCAUGAAUGCAACCCUACACAGCAUGCUGCCUGAGGAUUUCCCCUGGAGCGGGCGUCGUCUGGGUCGGUGUGCUGUGGUUGGCAGUGGUGGGAUUCUGAAGAACAGCAGCUGUGGACGUGAGAUUGACAGCGCAGACUUCGUCAUACGGUUUAAUUUGGCUUACAUUAAUGACAGUGAUGUUGGGCUGAAGACGGAUCUGAUAACCAUCAACCCCAGUCAGAUUCAGAAAGAAUACAAAAACCUGGAGGAGGAUCCAGAUCUGCUGGUGGAGCGUGUCAGUGUGUACGGAAAUGCCUCCUUCAUUAUGCCAGCCUUUGCCUACACUUUCUGCACUGAACUGUCAAUCAGAGCUCUCAAUGUCCUCUAUCCAAUCAGACCCCAGAAGCCGAUGGCGUUCUUUAGCCCAUAUUACCUGCAGACACUGGAUGGUUACUGGAAGAGGCGUGGCCUGAAGCCACGCCGCCUCUCCACUGGGUUUAUGUUAAUCAGCACAGCGCUGGAACUGUGUGAGGAUGUGCACGUGUACGGCUUCUGGCCGUUUGACACUGACCUCCAGGACAAUCCUGUUCCGUACCACUACUACAACCUGAACAGACCAAGCAAGCGCAUGCACAAAAUGCCGGAGGAGUUUGUGCGGCUUCUGCAGCUCCACAGCCAGGGGGCGCUGACACUGCACCUGCAGCCCUGCUCCUCAGACACACCCUGACAACUGCAUGCAUAGUAGAAUAUAUAGGAUAUGGAAUAAAUUGUUUAAACGCUUCAUGUCUUGGUUAUAGAAAGAAUCAAACUGUUACAAUAAAGUAUUUUUUUCUACUGAACAAAAAAAAUAGAUGUAGUCUUUCUGCGCAUUUCAGUUCAGAUCUUUCCUUGAGCUGUUUAUUGGUGUUUUUAGGACUGGGGUGAAGCAAGUUGCAGUAUUUCUCAGAAUUGUGUAAUACAGUGUUUUUUUUUUCGGGGUGUUAUCGGUGGACGUUAGAGCCAUAAACGAAUGAUUAGUUUGCGGCAGAAAUGAGUCUUAAAAUUGGUUGCGGUGAUCAGCGAGGCAGCAGGUUUCUCACAGCAACCAGAUCGAAUAUACAGUGAGUAUAGAAAAGAAUCACACUCCUUUAAAAUAAUCAUCAGUUUAAUUUCCAUCAGAACAGCACAUGGUUGGCCAGCAAUGGAAGAAAGUAAGGUAAGAGAAAUUCUCUUCAUGAAAAAAAAAUAAAUCAUGAAAUAAGCAGUGAUUUCUUCUUACUAUUUCACUAUAACAGACUGAUUGUGUAACUCCACCCACAAUUCAAAUCAAAGUCAUGCCCUCCAUUGUAUGUGGGUGUGACCCACCCACUUUUUAAGACCAAUGAAAUUGGACACACUCACUUUCAGCAUCUCUAAUUCAGAGCAUAUGAUUGUUCACUUUUCAGAGCACCGCUACUCAAAUCCAUUCCACUUGAGGAAUGCCUAAACUCCAUUCCACAUUUUAGCUACAGUCUUGACUUCCACGCUGCUGCUUCCACAAACCCAUACUGCUUGGCUCAUUCAGUGUCCAUAUAAAUUAAACUCCAUUCAGUGUUUUCAGUGUUUUUCACGCCUGCUGCACUCCAGCAAGAUAAACAAAGCAUCUUAGCAUAUCUGCGCUCAGGGGCCCGUUCUUCAUACGUUCUUUCAUCCCAGAUGAAAUGUCACAUCCAAGAUGACAUCAUCGUGCUAAUCAGGAUCUGGCUAAUUCAAUUCUUCGAACACACCUGUUGUUGAUGAUUAGUAUGGCUGGAUUGAGUUACCUGAGAUAAUUGUGCCUUCAUGGGUUGGUUUAAAAGGGGUUAUGUAUCGAUACUUGUAACCACGAUACUUUUAUAAGGAAACAAAUGUUAUAAUAGAUAAAUGAAAUGUGCAUUGUUUUUAUUCUAUUUUAAUUUACAUGAAACCUGGAACUUCCUGGUUUUAGAUAAGCCAGUCAUUUCUGGUCAAUGUUUUUUGUGGGCGGAGCCUAUCUGAUGGCAGAAAAUUACAGUUUUUCAGUAGUAGUCCACGUAAGCCAUGGAAUUAAAGAAUAAAAAAGGUCAUUUUGAAUUAAUAUUUAAAAAUUCUGACUCAAAAUCAUAUCUCACAAUUCUGAUUAGAAAAAUCAACUCGUCAUUCUUUCUUUUUCCCUCGGCUGAAAAUCAUGAGUUUAUAUCCCACUCUUCUGG